AUGGUCCCAGUUGUUAAAGUAUCAUUCCCUUCAGCUGACCUGUCAGAUAUCAAUGUUGCGAGCGCUAAAUCAACAAGAUACUUCCAGAGAGUCGCCAUCACUCUCGAGUCCUUCGCAGUAAAUCUCAAUGUGCGUGUGAAUAUUUCACCCGACUGCCCUUUUGCCCCUGCGCCAACAUGUCACUCAACAGUUACCUACUAUCAAGAAAAUGGACAAUGUAAUAAUAUAGACAAUGGGUUCGCAGGCAGCGCAAACUCGAGCUACGAACGGUUUCUGAUGGCCAUGAAGCCCGGUGGAGACGGGGCCAUUCCAUACAAGAAUUAUUUCGGAAACAUACUACCUUCUCCUAGGGAAGUAAGCAAAACCAUUUUCCCUUGUGACAGUGACAAUGUAUCGCAGAGAACAAACCUUUUUACAAUUUUCGGAACACUCCUUAAGUUUGAUAUGUUUCAAACUAGCCGAGAAAGUACAGAUGCUCAAUGCUGCGAAAGCUGUCUAGGUAUUGUUGUCAAUGCGACAACUGAUCCACGUAUUACCAAUGGCUGCAAUAACUGUAUGUCAUACAAAAAGCCAAUUCUACAAUAUGAUGUCAACUGCACGGGCGGUAAGAUUCAAGGCAAUAACGACGUCACUCACGUAAUUGAUGCCUCUUUUAUGUAUUCUACACCUGAUUAUAGCGGCACUUUAAGUAACGGCAAGUUUGACUUGACUGGAGGAUUUCUUUCAAAAACAGACGACAAAUUUUCAGGAGUUUCAGAUCCAAUCAACAAAAACCCCUUGGUGAUGGCAAUAUAUCAUAUUUUCCUCCGUGAACACAAUAGGAUAGUCGAUAAAAUGACUGUAUUUGGUCAUGAUGAUCCCCUGGGAGCAGCAAAGAAGUUGAUGAUUGGAAUAUUACAGCAUAUUACUUACAACGAAUAUUUACCACUGCUGAUUGGUGAAAACUUAUCAGCUGGUGCUUACGAUGACAAGCUCUUACCUAUCAUUUAUAAUUCAUUUUCGGUUGCCUAUGAAUUAGCAUUGGCUUCAAUGUCGAGAGAAAAUGUACAAACUUCUGACGGUAAGAAAAAAUUGAACGAAAUGCUGAACGACGCAACACUUGUGGACACAGAACCCGAGUUGAAAGGUAUCAUCUCAGGAAUGCUGAUGGAAGCCAGUUUAUAUAUCAACAGCGCAGUACCCUGUAGUUUUCGGGACAAUUGCAAACAUUCCGAUAUAGUGUCAGUCCUAACCCAAGACUCGCGUUUUUUGUCAAUAACACCCUACAUAGUUUGGAUAGCAUUGUUGAAUGGAACUACAGUCGGCGAUUUUCCAGAUCUGCUCUUCCACGACAACUCGGAAAUCACCAAGCUUAGCAAUUUGUACAAAUACGUCUAUGACAUUGACUUCCUAAGCGGCGCUUUCACAGAGACCGUUGCAAAUGAUAAACCAGCUGGACCAACACUAUUGUUACUUUUGAGAAGUCAAUUCGCUUUAUUACGAAACUCUGACAGGUUUUUCUUUGAAAAUCCCACUGUAUUCAAAGAAAGUAAGUUAUAA